AUGGGUAUUGAUAAGUGACUUAAUUCAAGUUUGGGUUUUAGUGUUUGCUUGAAGUUGAUUUGGGUUUUUUUGUUUUUUUAGCAGCUUCUAAUGGCGAUGGAGGUUACCCAAAUUCUUCUAAAUGCACAGUCAAUUGAUAGCACCGUUCGCAAACAGGCAGAAGAAAAUUUAAAACAAUUCCAGGAGCAAAACCUCCCAGGUUUCUUCGUUUCCCUUGCUGGCGAAUUGGCCAACGAUGAGAAGCCUGUUGAGAGUCGUAAAUUGGCAGGCUUGAUCCUAAAAAAUGCCUUGGAUGCCAAAGAACAGCAUCGCAAGUUUGAACUUGUUCAAAGAUGGUUGACCUUGGAUGUGUCUGCAAAAGCCCAGAUCAAAGCGUUCUUGUUACAGACACUUUCAUCUCCUGCUCAUGAAGCUCGAUCCACUGCAUCUCAAGUCAUAGCAAAGGUAGCAGGUAUUGAAUUGCAGCAUAAACAAUGGCCUGAGCUAUUAGGGGCUCUCUUGUCAAAUAUUCAUCAGCUUCCAGCCCAUACCAAGCAGGCCACACUUGAAACUCUUGGCUACAUUUGUGAAGAAGUGUCCCCAGACGUGGUAGAGCAGGACCAUGUAAAUACGAUACUUACAGCUGUUGUCCAAGGUAUGAACUCUUCCGAGGCUAAUAACGAUGUCAGGCUUGCUGCUACACGAGCAUUAUGUAAUGCUCUUGGUUUUGCUCAGUUAAAUUUUUCUAAUGAUAUGGAACGGGACUACAUCAUGCGAGUAGUAUGUGAGGCUACUCUUUCUCCGGACUUGAAGAUUCGUCAGUCAGCUUUCGAGUGUUUGGUUGCAAUUUCUUCAACAUACUAUGAUAAAUUGGCUCCUUAUAUGAAAGAUAUUUUCAACAUCACUGCAAAAGCUGUGAAAGAAGAUGAGGAGCCUGUUGCUCUUCAAGCCAUUGAGUUUUGGAGUUCAAUCUGUGAUGAAGAGAUAGAUAUAUUGGAAGAAUAUGGAGGGGAUUUUAGUGGGGAUUCUGAUAUUCCUUGCUUUUACUUCAUCAAACAGGCACUCCCUGUUCUUGUUCCCAUGUUGUUGGAGACCUUGCUGAAGCAAGAGGAGGAUCAGGAUCAAGAUGAAGGGGCUUGGAAUAUUGCAAUGGCUGGAGGCACAUGCUUGGGCUUGGUAGCACGGACUGUUGGAGAUGAUAUUGUCCCACUAGUGAUGCCUUUCAUUGAAGAGAAUAUUACAAAACCUGAUUGGAGACAGAGGGAGGCAGCCACAUAUGCAUUUGGUUCUAUUUUGGAAGGACCCUCACCUGACAAGCUCAUGCCUCUUGUUAACACUGCAUUGAGCUUCAUGCUUAAUGCUCUUCUACAAGAUCCAAAUAACCAUGUGAAAGACACUACUGCAUGGACGCUUGGAAGAAUGUUUGAGUUUCUGCAUGGGUCAGCUCUGGACGCGCCAAUUAUUACUGCUGCAAAUUGCCAACAGAUUAUUACUGUUCUACUUCAGAGCAUGAAAGAUGUUCCAAAUGUUGCUGAGAAAGCCUGUGGCGCUCUCUAUUUCCUUGCCCAAGGAUAUGAGGAUGGAGGAUCAUCGUCCGCACUUCUCACUCCCUUCUUCAAGGAAAUCAUUCAGACACUUGUUACCGUGACACACCGAGAAGAUGCUGGAGAAUCACGCCUCAGAACUGCAGCUUAUGAGACUUUAAAUGAAGUUGUAAGGUGUUCUACAGAUGAGACGGCCCCAAUGGUGAUGGAACUUGUUCCACACAUUAUGAUGGAGCUUCACCAGACUCUUGAGGGACAGAGGCUUUCAUCUGAUGAACGGGAGAAGCAAAAUGAAUCACAAGGUCUUCUCUGUGGUUGCUUGAUGGUUAUUAUACAGAAGCUAGGAUCAUCUGAGCAGACAAAAUUUGUCUUCAUGCAGUUUGCUGACCAAAUGAUGAGCCUUUUCCUCAGAGUGUUUGCUUGCCGUAGUGCCACUGCACAUGAAGAGGCUAUGCUUGCAAUUGGAGCUCUAGCCUAUGCAACAGGCUCUAAUUUUAUAAAAUACAUGCAAGAGUUUUAUAGGUAUUUGGAAAUGGGUCUUCAAAAUUUUGAGGAUUACCAGGUUUGUGCCAUCACUGUUGGUGUGGUGGGGGAUCUAUGCAGGGCUCUUGAGGAUAAGGUUUUGCCUUAUUGUGAUGGAAUAAUGACACAACUUCUCAAGAAUUUGUCAAGCAAUCAGCUACACCGAUCUGUGAAGCCUCCCAUCUUUUCCUGUUUCGGUGAUAUUGCUUUGGCAAUUGGAGAGUAUUUUGAAAAGUAUUUGGUAUAUGCUAUGCCGAUGCUUCAGGGUGCAGCAGAGUUAUCAAUCCACAUAUCAGGUGCUGAUGAUGAUAUGACAGAAUACACCAAUUCUCUGAGAAAUGGGAUAUUGGAAGCAUACUCUGGGAUUUUUCAAGGGUUUAAGGGAUCUCCUAAGACCCAGCUAUUGUUGCCGUAUGCACCCCACAUUCUUCAGUUCCUAGACAGUUUGUACAUGGAGAAAGACAUGGAUGAUGCGGUAACUAAGACAGCAAUUGGGGUCCUUGGAGAUUUAGCAGAUACACUUGGUAGCAAUGCAGGACCUUUGAUUCAGCAAUCUGUGUCAAGCAAAGAGUUUUUAAUUGAAUGUUUGUCAUCAGAUGAUCCUUUGAUCAAGGAAUCUGCCGAUUGGGCCAAGUUGGCUAUCAGCCAAGCCACUUCUUUUUGAGGCCACCACUACUUGUGUACUUAGUCUUGCAUGCAUUUGGGUGUGUCGAGUUGGGUCUGGAAAUGCAUAUCAUGAGUCAGGUCAUCGCCGUUUUUGGGUUCAGAUGUUUGGUCGGUCUGCUGCCAGUAUUUCGCAUCAGCAGCAUCGAGUCUUUUCCUUAAUUAUUUUCAUUUCAUUGUUUUAUGUACCAUGGAGGAAGUUGGUGGUGAUGACCUACACAACCCUCUGCUGACUUGGCAGAAACAGACAGAAAGAGUUGCAUACAAAGGAAGAGGAAUUAGUUUGGGGUAUGGGAGAGUUGAGAUAAGAAAGGUUCCAGUCACACCCUGCCAAAUGUUUGAAACAGGAAUUUGGGAAGGGUAAUUCUUUGGAGUGGUGGUGGCUGCAAUAGUCUUAGUUGGGUCAAACUCAUACCUCAUUUUUCAUUUCCUCAUCUUUAUUUUGGUCUCAUCACCAGAUUCCCGUCUCCAGAAGUAUGAAUGAUCACAUGGUUACGUAACAUGUCAAUUGUCAUUGUCAUAUAGAGUCUGGUCUCCUUCAUAUUUGUACUCAUUUUGUAUACUUCGUUGAUUUUAUGUGGGCUUUGUCAUGACCACAUAAUAUGGGGCAUUCAUAUCAUGCAUUUUGUUUUGUCAUAUUUUAUCUUCACUACAGUUGUUCAUUCAUUCACUCAAUAGUCCAAUAUAUGAAUCAUGUUUUUUCUUCUUUCUUGUUCAAAGCUUUUCUUCUUUUUGUGAUUUUGAAUGCUUCUAUACCAAAGGUGAGUUUUGUUGAAUUUUAUUCUUUGAUGUCAUGGAUUGGAGUUUGAAGAUGAAUCUGGAGCUUCUUCUUCUUCUUUUUUUUUUAAUAUUUUAUUCUUUGAGGAUUAACCAUUA